AUUUCUCAUAUUGGAAAGCUGAAGGAUUUUCUUCUGCAACACAGAAAGGAUUACAUUAAUGCUUACAGCCAUAUCACGUCUGAGUACGUGCGGAUGACAGACACGGAGCGUGAUCAGAUAGACCAAGAUGCUCAAAUAUUUAUGAGGACGUGUGCCGAUGCCAUUCAUCAGCUGAGGACAGAAGCACACAAGGGUGUCCAGUCUGCUCAGGUAAAGGAGCACAGAACAGCUGUCUUGGACUUCAUUGAAGAUUACUUAAAAAGAGUGUGUAAGCUGUAUUCUGAACAGAGAGCCAUCCGAGUUAAGCGAGUGAUAGACAAGAAGAGACUGUCCAGACUUGAACCUGAGCAGAGCAAUGUGUCCAAAUCACCUCUUUCCCCUGAAAAAUCUCCACAGAAUUCUUUAGAUGAUUCUGAAGAAAAGCUUUCUGCUGAGGAAAGCAAAGACAGGAAUGUGCCUGAUGCCCAAAGUAACCUUGGAUUAUGGGGGGAUGGCAAAGGUGAAGAUGAGCUGUCACCUGAAGAAAUACAAAUGUUUGAACAGGAGAACCAGCGACUGGUUGGUGAAAUGAACAACCUCUUUGAUGAAGUCAGACAAAUUGAAGGAAAAGUGGUGGAAAUCUCCAGGUUACAAGAGAUAUUCACUGAAAAAGUCCUGCAACAGGAAACCGAUAUUGACAAUAUUCACCAAUUAGUUGUGGGUGCAACGGAGAACAUCAAAGAAGGCAAUGAAGACAUAAGAGAGGCCAUCAAAAACAACGCUGGAUUUAGAGUAUGGAUCCUAUUCUUCCUUGUGAUGUGUUCAUUUUCCUUGCUUUUCCUGGACUGGUAUGAUAAUUAAUUAAAAAGAUAAUAUUGUCUACAU